AUGCGGAGUGCUCUUUGGUGUUUUCUAUCAACGUAUAUUAUUCUUGAUGCAGCAUGCAAUCCUGUAGUAACUAAAGAACGUUUGAAAGAACUGCUAACUCCUCUAGAAUGGUUCACGCUAUUACAAAAUUCAAAUUCAGGAGAAAAUUUUUCCAUAAUUUACCCUACCGUCCGCCUCCGGGACGGGUCGCAAACGCAUCGAAUUCGCAUCGAAUCCGAACAAAAUUUCGACGUCACAUUCGUAACUCCCAAUAACAAUCUCCUGUCCAGCGAUGCCCUAUUUCUCGAAACUUUCGCGAACGGAUCGCGGCCGCUCCAGCUCAACGAAAGCGACAAAAACUGCUACUUUAGAAGCGACAACGCCGCUUUAAGCCUGUGCAAUGGAAUUAGAGGAAUACUCCACAUCGGCGAUAACGAAUAUUUUUUAAUCCAUCCGCUGCCGGAUCGAUUUCACAACGGCACCGCCAAGCCUCAUCUGCUGAUCAAAAAGGCUUAUAAACACCCGUCAGGGACCAAAGAAGAACAUUGCUCACAUCCUACACUAAACGAUACCAAAGAAACUCACUAUAAUAACGUAACAAGCGAAAGGAGAAGACGGAAAAGGGAAGUGGCGUUCCCCGAAGGAGCUCCGGCUUUCGUGGAAACUGCCGUGUUCGUCGACAAGGAUCUCUUCGAACACAUGAAAUCGAAUUUUCCGUACGACACGGAAAGGGAACUCAUUCGGUUCGUUCUGGCUAUGAUUAAUGCAGUGCAGCUCCUCUACCACGAUCCUAGCCUAGGAAGGCCCGUGAAUUUCGUGUUGAAAAGAUUGGAAAUUCUGAAAGAAGACGUCGCCGGGUUGGUUAGACCUCCGGACAUCGACAGGUUCCUGUCGAAUUUUUGCAACUGGCAGAGAACGAAAAAUCCGUCCGGUGAUACGCAGCCUCUUCACUGGGACCACGCUUUGAUUCUGACCGGGUUGGACUUGUACGUUCGCGGAAAACACGGGAAGAUUUCCAAUCAGGUUGUUGGUUUGGCUCCUGUGGCGGGAAUGUGCACAGCAACCAGUAGUUGCACUGUAAACGAAGGCAGGCACUUUGAAAGCGUGUAUGUAGUAGCACACGAAAUUGGACAUAACUUGGGAAUGAGGCACGAUGGACCGUUAGCAGAAAACGAUUGCGAUCCUACUACCUACAUAAUGUCCCCGACGCUUGGAAGCGGUAAAAUUACUUGGUCGACGUGCAGUAAGCGAUACUUACAGAAAUUUUUAGACACUCCCCAAUCCAGAUGUUUGCUGGACCACAGCAGCUCAGCCGGGAAACUGGAUCACAGCGCCGAAGGCGCUCUACCCGGCGAACGUUUCGACGCCAAUCAACAAUGUAUGUUAAAAUACGGCAAGGGUAGCAAACAUUCCACGCAGCAACCUCUAAACGACGUAUGUAGAGACUUGCAUUGCGAAAGGGAGAGGUACACUUGGACUUCUCAUCCAGCACUAGAAGGCACGAUUUGCGGUAACAGCAUGUGGUGCAGAGGGGGUAAAUGCAUCCUUAAAAGCUCGCCGAUCUCUUCUGCUUACACAGCGCAAGAAUCGUCGUCUGCCAGACUUGGGCAAAUACACGGGGGAUGGAGCAAGUGGAAGCAUUCCAGCGACUGCGCUUCCGGCUGCCUCUUCAGCGAGGAAGGUAGAUUAAGAUCAGGCAGCACAGGUAUAAUGGUCGCCGAGAGAACCUGCAACAAUCCUAGACCUCAAGGAGCCGGUUCGGAUUGCGAAGGCCCGUCGACGAGGCGCAACACCUGCGUGGCCGAGCAAUGCUCGAACGUGCCCAAGAUGACUAUAAGGGAGUUCGCCGAUCAGAUUUGCACGAGAGCGAAGGAAGUGGACGCCGAUUUGACCGGCACCGGGAUGCAAAAAAUCAGCUCCGACGCCGAGGAGGCGUGCGUGGUGUGGUGUCAAAAGCGCAACGGCAGCACCAGGAGUCGCGGCUGGACCUUCCCCGACGGAACGGCCUGCCAGAUGCGGAGGAACCGCUACGGCAAAGCGAGCUAUUGCAUCAAGGGGAAAUGCGAGGAGUUCGUCUGCGAUCCGCUGGAAGAAGCAGCGUUUGCUCUAUCCCCGGAUCUUUGUCCCAUCGAUAGGUACGAUAACGAGUUGAAUUGGAGAACCGGCUUGAGAAGAAGGGAAGGCGCAAUCAGAUGGAAAAGCGCCAGCGGUUGUCACUACAACUGCAUUUCCCCUGGGUCUGGUAUCAGGUUGGUGAAGAAUAAAAAGUACGGCAGAUCGAGCAUACAGUUAUGUCAACCGGAGAAGUUUGGAUGUAGUCGAGUGAAAUCGCCGUUUCAAUACGCUUCUAUGGUUUGCUCGAAAUACAAAGAAAGGGUUAGGAGAUUGUCGGGACUCGGAAUGCAAAUUUCACCGGCGAUAGAGGAUCCGGACAGAUCCUGCCGAGUGGCUUGUCAGGACGAUUUCAUAUCUCACAGAUUCUAUUUAGUUAAUGGAGAAGACGGCUGGUUUCCGUUCGGUACAGACUGUUCCAAAGGAAUGGCGUCCAAUAAAAAAGCAACUUGCGUCAGCGGGAAAUGUUUGGAGUUCGGGGAGGACGAUACGCCGUUGUCUCAAAGCGAGUUUACGCUCGCUUUGCUGUCGAGAGCGAAACGUUCGCUAUUCAACGACGGCUCGGCCAAAAUAAGAAUGGAACUCAAUCAGACGGAAUUGGAGGAAAUAAUAAAAGAUUUGCGAAGGGCAUUAAAGGGAAAUUACCGCUCGACUGCGCCGCACAAAUACGCUGUAGACUUCGAUAAUCCGAUUCACAUCGAUAUGAAUUCGGAAAGGGAUCUUUCCGGAAACGACUUUUUCGAUGAAGAUUUUAACGAUCAUACGUGGUUCUGA